CAUGUAGAAUACGAGACAUAAAAGUUCAGUACUAAAGAUAAUUGGUGUCCUCAUCUGUUGAAAUUACAGACACUCGUAUGGAGUCGGUGUUGUUUACAUCAUCUUCUUCUUCAACACCAAAUCUUUUUGUAUCAUUCCGAGCUCAAAAUGCGUUAAUAGCUGAUGGGGUUUCAUCAAAAUCGAAUCUUGAUAGAGCCCACUUUGUUUUUUCACAUGGGCACUCCUUUUCUUCUUCUCGGAAGCUGAAAUCACCAGCAUCAGUAAUAGUAGCAGCCUCCAAGAAGGAUAAAAAUAAUAAGAAAGUGGAUACUCAUAGCUUUGUAGUGAAGCCUGAUGAAUCUGCUGGCCUUUUUCCUGAGGCUGUCUUGCUUAAAGAGAAAAAGGUUCAGGAAGAUGGUAGGCUUCUACCUGAGUUUGCAGAUGCUGAAGAGGAGGAACUGUAUGAAGCUUUGAAUCUUCUUCUGGAAAGUGAUUUGGAUGAAGAUCGAGUUCGUCACUAUGAAGUUGUAUACCUGAUUCAUGAGAAAUAUGUAGAUGAGGUUGAAAGUGUUAAUCUCAAAGUACAAGAGUUUUUGAAGGAAAAGAAAGGAAAGGUGUGGAGAUUUAGUGAUUGGGGUCUUCGAAGGCUGGCAUACAAAAUACAGAAAGCUAAGAAUGCUCACUACAUCUUGAUGAACUUUGAGUUGGAAGCAAAAGAUAUUAAUGAUUUCAAGAGCAUGUUAGACAAAGAUGAAAGAGUUAUUAGACAUCUUGUGAUUAAGAGGGACGAGGCCAUUACUGAGGAUUGUCCACCUCCCCCUGAGUUCCACUCUAUGCGAGCAGGUGCCGAUGGUGAGGAAGAAGAUGAUUUUUAUGAUGAUGACUAUGAGGAUGAAGAUGAAGAGGAGGAUGCAGAUGAACCUCAGGUUGCUAGUUCAAAUAAUGUUCAAGAAGAGCGUAUAAUUUUUGUUGACGAGGAUGAUGGUCAUAAAAAUGGAAAUCCUAUUACCUUUGGUGUAAGUACCAGAAGAAAGAAACUAAAAGCUCAGAAAUUAGGUAGGUAAAUUAAUCUACAUCUGUUCUGUAGAUGAAUGGUGUUGUUUUCAGGAGUUAUUUCUUGCAUGUAGCUUUUUAAAGUCUUCAAUGGACGACGAGUCCUCUUGACAUUGCCGAUAAUAUUUAGGUAAGUUAUAAUGUGAUCUCUACCAAGCUCCUUAUAAUA